UUUUUUGAAAGGUGUCAGAAAUAUGGAGAAAAAAGUUUUUUGGUAGUUUCAGUUUUUUAUUCGUAUGAUCCAUAUGAACGAAUGCGUGAAAUCUGUUCACAUGGUCCAGGUAUACUGGUGACUUGUCCACAGGAUUUAGCAAAGAUGUAUGAAGAAAAAGGAAAGAAAGUUGCUGAUAAAUGA